AUGUCGAUCACGGAAUCAACCGAGGCCACUGAUGGUCGUCGGCUUCUAGAAUGGCUCUGUAAUUUUAUCACUCUCAAAUACAAAGACGAAGCGAUUAGCGUUGCCUCGGGCAAACUCGAUGAAGCGGUCAAGAACCCCUACUCUAGCUCUUCGUCGUCCACGACUAUCGCCCUCUCUCCCAUGCAGUUACAGCAGACCCAGCUUUUGAAUUAUGGUUCACAAAUCGACGUCUGGUCACUUGGUGUCGACAUCAAGGGUGUCCGUAGAUGGGCAGUCCCAAUGCUAGGAAUAACAUCUCUGGCACUUCAAUGGCAACCCCGUAUACUGCUAGAGUUGCCACGACCACUCUCCGCAAAUAUGCUCAGAUAUCUCUACCCGAAUCUUUCCAAGGAGCUCAAGGAUUAUGCAUGCGACUCCCGGUGUGGCUCUUGA